UCACAGCGGCUUCAGCAGCGGCACAAACCUCCUGUCAUGCUUCAGGAGGAAUAUAGCACACACGCGCGCGCGCGAUCCGGACUGAACUGAGCCCAGCCCCACCUCAGGAGGAGGCUGUGCUCGCUCUCUAGGUGUCUGGAUUGAGAGCAGAUCGCAUUCGAUCCAUCUGAUCAUCACCAGAGCGCCUUUAAUUCUCAGUCUCAGCGACAGACAGACAGCAACACGAGUCAUGGAGACCAGACUGCCCUCCAGCUAGCUAACCGCUAUCCGAUCGGAGCCCGAAAACAUGCGCUAGACAGUUAUUUACCCUGCUGCAUCUGCUCUUUCAGUGUUUCCACGGGGGAGAAAACACGACUUGAAGAUUUCUGACAUCCAUCAGUGAGACUUGAGAUGAUCUGAAUCUGAAAGGUUUUAUACGAAGACUGUUUCCUGUUUUCACUGGAGUGACACUGCUGUCACAUCUGGCAUCAGUAGCUGAAGAUGCAGACUUUCCUGAGAGGCAGACGAGUGGGCUACUGGCUCAGCGAGAAGAAGAUGAAGAAACUCAAUUUCCUGGCCUUCGCAGAGAUGUGCAGGAAAAGAGGAAUAGAAGUUGUUCAGCUUGACCUGAGUCAGCCAUUAGAGGAGCAGGGUCCCCUGGACGUCAUCAUUCACAAGCUAACAGACCUGAUCCUGGAAGCGGACCAGAAUGACACCCAGUCCCUGCUGCUGGUGCAGCGUGUGCAGGAUUAUAUUGACGCACACCCGGAGACCAUCAUUCUUGACCCACUUCCAGCCAUCAGAACUCUACUGGACCGCUGCAAAUCCUACCAGCUGGUGCACAGGAUAGAGGACUGCAUGAGAGAUGUGAGGAUCUGUUCUCCUCCAUUUAUGGUGCUGAACAGUGAGUGUGGCCCAGACACGCUGGAGCAGAUCAAGCAGCACGGUCUUACAUUCCCUUUCAUUUGCAAAACACGGGUUGCUCACGGAACUAACUCUCAUGAGAUGGCUAUAAUAUUCAACGCAGAGGGCCUGAAGGACGUGAAGCCACCGUGUGUCAUUCAGAGUUUUAUAAACCACAAUGCCGUGCUCUAUAAGGUGUUCGUGGUGGGCGAGUCACACACUGUGGUGGAGAGACCAUCACUCAAGAACUUCCCCUCUGGACCGUCUGACAGAAAAGCAAUUUUCUUCAAUAGCCACAAUGUGUCCAAGCCAGAGUCAUCCUCUGACCUCACAUCUAGAGAUAAUGUAGAAGGUGUUUCGCAGCCACCGAAUGAUGAUGUCAUUAGGGAAAUGUGUAAAUCUCUUCGAGAAUCCCUCGGCGUUUCGCUCUUCGGCAUUGAUGUCAUCAUUAACAACCAGACGGGCCAACACGCUGUCAUUGACAUCAAUGCAUUCCCUGGAUAUGAGGGUGUCCCAGAGUUCUUCAGUGAUCUCCUGAACCACAUCAUCAGCGUCCUCCAAGACCCUUCGGCCCCGCCCCCUCCCGGCCAGCUGCCUGCUUUGGGCACAGGAGAGCGCAACUGCGCCCCAUCCCAGGAGUGCUGCGGCAUGCUCGGCAAAGAGUCGGACAGCAGCCCCUGGAUCGUGGAGGGCGACGGUGGUCUGAAAGGCCCGCGUCAGAGACUGGGCUGCAACACAGCUAUGUCCCCCAACUUCCAACAGCACUGCGUGUCCACGAUAGCCACUAAAGCCUCUUCACAAUGACUGCUGUCCCCCCGUCCCGCCAUCCUUCCCUGAUCAAAUUGUGAAGACAAACUGAAUAAUAACUAUUAUACUGGUAAUAUAUCUGUAAUCAAAAAUCAGCUAUAUAGCUAAUAAUCAUGAUGUUGAUAAUGGGCAUUGGAUUCUGUCUCCUAUGCCUUUGGAUAUGUUUUCUUUUUUAAAUUUCUUUCUCUUUAGUCUAACAACUCAUUACUGUAAUGUGAACUUUUGGGAAAUUAACAUUGAUCAAAAUCCGUUUUAAUUUGAAGCACAGUGCAAAAUGAGUGGUUGUUAGUUCAUUGAACACACUAGGCAUGUUGGAUACUUAAGCUGGAAAAGGUUGUGAAGUUUUUCUUUUGUUGCUGAUAGAAAAGUCUAACGGAUAUCAGUGUUUUUAAUGACACUGAACACAAACACACAGAAUAAUCUAACAAAUAGGACACCUAAAAUGUCUUUGUGCUCUGUAUUUAGCGGCAAUCCUAUAUUGUGAUGAUCGGCGGUGUAUAUCGUUGUGCAGCGUCUGCAAAGCUCUUGUAGGCCGUGUGCCACUGUGUUUGAUCUUGUGACACUCCGUAAUCUUUUCAUAAUGCUCCAAAAGACUUUGAUCAUCCUUCCAUAAACAUUGUGAGACCUGAUAAUGUUCAUGUGCAUUUCAAUGCGUCAUAUCAUAAGGUGAAGUUCCAGGUGAACUGUCAAGUAUCAUUAAUGUUUUGAUAGUUUUAGGAAAGUCGACUCUCUGAAGAAGUUCUACUGUUCUUCUAAAAUUCUUCUAAUUUUUUUUGUUUUUGUCAAUGUUGCGCUUGACUGGACGGUUGCAAGAGGAUAUUCUGACAUUCCCUGUAUGCGUGUGUUGUUUUUUUAGCAGACGGUCCUAUAAAAGUUCAGAUGUUUUGUAUAUGAUCCAGUUUUGAAAGUCAUAUUUAUGACUGUGCUUCAGGUUAGUACAGACCCUUUUGAACAAACUGCGCUAGAUGGAUGUUAAUGUAUAUGUUGGGAGUAUUUUGUCUUGUUCUAAUUGCUAAGAAGAACAACACAUCUCUUCUACAAAGGGUUCAACGCUUUGACUCUAGGUUACCGUUCCUCGUUUAAAAGGAAAAUGGACAGAUUUGUAACAUAUUCUUCAUUAUAAAUGGAAUAAUUGCUAACUUGUUUGAAAAUCACUAAUGAAUACAAAGUAUUUGUUUUAUACAUCAUAUAGUUAGCCAUACAUUGCUGAUUUAAAUCCAUCUGUUUUGUAAAAUGCCAUGAGGCAGUUGAAGCACUAAUUAAUUUCAACAUUUAUUUAGCACUAAUAUCAAUGUCUUUAAAACCAUCUGAACAAUUUAGCAGUACUUUAUAUAUUAAUUAAAAGGUAAUAAAGCCAAAAAGUGAUUUGCAGCUUUUUAGGUUCUCUUUUGGUAAUGAAACAUCCCACAGCGUUUUUUGUACAAUUACAAAAAUGAUCAUCUUAUGUGUAUUCAUGUUUCUAAAAGAAACUUCGCCCACUUAGUGCCCAUAAAGUGACUUGGAUAACUCCUACACGUUUGAAGACCUACAGAAAACAGCUUGUUUUUGUUCACUGUGAGAGGAAUGAAUGUGUGGAGAUAUUUGACAAACAAUGUCUUAAUGUGGUAAACAGUGGACUGCUGUCAUCGGCAUCUGCUCCCAUUCUGUUCAGUUUAUAUGAAGUGAAUGUUUAUGCCACUCCACUGGCCCUUUGCACCUUAUGUUAACGCUUUUCUUGUUCUGAUGGGGUCCAUUUUUUAAGAUGAAUAUUUUCAUAAGUAUACCAAGCUGUCCUUUUCUAUAGUAACUCACUCCAUUGUUAUGGAAUACAAAUUAUGUGGUCAUUAUCAUUUUGAAGCCAUUUCAAUAACGAUUAGCCGUUUUUUAUUUUUUAUUAUUAGACAUGUAGCCUCUUGCUUGCAAUAGGAAUUUAUGUCAAGAGUGUUGGAAUAUGUUUAUAUGAUUAAUGGGGGGUGUGUUCAGAUUAAGUUUGCAUUUUGUACAUCAUGAAAAAUGCUCCAAGUCUGAGUCGGUUGAGAGAAUGACAGCCUUCAACACAGAUUUACCUUUUGUCUCUGUACUUUUGCCUUCAUUGUGCUAUCAAAUAGAAAAUCUCCUCACCUACUAA